AUGGCUAGACAGUGCAAAUGGUCUGGUAACAUGCGCCAUAUAAGCGAACUGAUACCUAAUCACCUCGCUCUCGCUCUUGUGAAAGCUGAAAUGGGUCGUCAUCCUCAAGCUAGUGCUUUCCUUCUUGAAGGCUUUCCACGUGAAGCGCGUCAGGUUGAGGACUUCGAAAAACAGGUCAAGUCUGUGAAUAUGGCUCUGAUUCUUGACUACGACGAGAAAACAUUACGUGACCAUAUGGAAAAGCGAGGAGUAAACUUGGAAAUUAUAGAUCAACGAAUUAAGGUAUGCUUUGGUAGCUGUAUUUAUGCUUCUCACGCCCACGCAUUACCUCUAAACAUGCCCUUUAUUUCUUUACUGAGUAAUAAAACUCCCUACUUCACAGUUACGUGUGUACGUGUGUUUACGUGUGUGCAUAUGCGUAUAUUUGGUUAUAUGGGUAUGUGUGAAUUAAUAGAGCAGACACGAGCUGAGCAGAGCAUCUAG